AUGACUCGAGUUGUAAACCUUGAAAAUUAUGUAAUUCCACUGGAGGAGAUCAACCGUGCCACUGAAAACUUCAGUUCCCAAAGAUUCAUUGGAUGCGGUGGAUUUGGUAAAGUCUACAAAGGAAAACUGUCUGAACGCUGGGAGAAUCUCACAGUUGCUAUCAAACGCCUAGAUCACGAUAGCUAUCAAGGAGAGAUUGAGUUCCGCAACGAGCUUGAGAUGUUUUCCAGAUUCCAUCAUGAAAACAUCAUCUCUUUCAUUGGGUAUUGUAAUGAAAGCAAUGAGAUGAUUAUAGUCUAUAAAUAUGCUAUCAAUGGAAGCAUUGAUUAUCAUCUCCAAGACCCAGAUAAGAGGCGGAGCAUAACGUGGAAACAUCGCUUGAAGAUUUGCAUAGGGGCAGCAAGGGGGCUCGAUUACCUUCACUGGGGUCUUAAGGAGCACGAAAGAGUUAUACACCGAGACAUAAAGAGUGCUAACAUAUUGUUAGAUGAGAAUUUGGUUGCAAAAGUUUGUGAUUUCGGUUUGUCAAAAUUGGGUACCAAAAAUCAGCCAAAUACCCAACUGUAUACUAACACCAAGGUUGCGGGGACUCACUUUUAUCUGGAUCCCACCUACCAAGAAAGUGGCAUCCUCAGCAAAGAAUCAGAUGUAUACUCAUUUGGGGUGGUAUUGUUUGAAAUCCUGAGUGGGAUGUUGGUUUAUUCUAAAAGGAACAUGGGAGAUGAUAGACCUCGUGCUCUCAUGAAUUUUGUUCGACGAUACCAUGAAAACGAACCAGAAAAGUUAAUCGAUCCCUAUAUAAGAGAUCAGAUUGAUAGUCGUUCUUUUAAUACCUUUAUACAGAUUGCAUAUCAAUGCAUUAGUUUCAGUUUAAAGGAACGUCCUAGGACAAACACCAUCAUCCAGAGGAUUGAAGAAGCAUUAAGUAUUCAAGAGAAUGUUGAUGAACUUAUCGAGUGUGUAACAACAGACAGGGGAUUCAGUCAUGGCAUACCUGUUGCAGCUUUUACCAUAUACAAAUGCCUUCUCCAUUGGAAAUAUCUAGAAGCUGAAAAAACCAACAUCUUUGAACGACUUAUUCAGAUUUAUAUUUCAGCAAUCGAGGUAGAAGAUAAUACCAAUCACAUGGCCUAUUGGUUAUCAAAUGCAUCUGCUUUGUUAUUCUUAAUCCAAAAAAGUAUAAAACUUGAUAAUACAAGUUUAGUUCAAAAUCCACCACCUCUAGCUUCGCUUACAACGGGAUUUCAUUCAUCCUUGUUUCCUGCUGAGGCUGCACUUAAUAUAGUACAACAAGUUGAUGCCAAACACCCCGCUUUACUAUUCAGACAACAACUGGCAACAUGUGUAGAGAAAAUGUACUAUAUGACUUGUGACAAAUUGAAGAAGGAACUGGGUCCUCUACUUUCACAUGCCCCACGAACUUCCUUUGGCGAAGAUACUCAGUCCAAUCACUGGAAAGGCAUUAUUGGUUGUCUCAACACACUAAAAGAUAAUUUUGUGCCUCCCAUAAUUGUUCAGAAAAUAAUUCCUCAAGUUUUCUCAUACAUGAAUAUGCAACUCUUUAAUAGUGUUCUUGUGCGUCGAGAGUGUUGCACGUUCAGCUACUGUGAAUAUGUAAAAGCAGGUUUAGCAGAGUUGGAAAGAGUGGAGUAUGCACGCCCAGCUUGGGGUGAACUUAUGCAUAUUAGACAUGCUAUUCAGUGCAUGACUAUGCAUCACAAGUACAGGUUAUCGUAUGAUGAAAUCACCAUUGAUCUGUGUCCUGUUCUAAGCAUCCAGCAGAUGUAUAGAAUAUCCAGUCUUUAUUGGGAUGACCAAUUCGAUACAAGGUCUUUAUCUGAAGAUGUUAUUUCAAGCAUGAGGAUGCUGAUGACACAAGAUUUCAAUAACAGAUCCAUUAUAUUAGAAGAUAGUUUCAGCAUACCCUUUUCUGUAGAUGACCUCUCUAAUUCCUUCCAAGUGGAAAAUUUUGCAAAUGUUAAACCUGCUGUACAACUUGCCACAUAUCCAGCCUUUGCUUUUUUGUACAAGUGAAGAUCAGACUUCUAACAGUGUUAUGUUUUGCCAAGGUAGAUAGCAUAAUCUUUGCAUGUGAACAACUGUGUAAAGUUAGGAGACAAGUGUCAGAAGUUCCCUUUAAUUGUAUUAUUUGUAAUCCUGUAGUUUUAAGACUUUGUAAAGUUGUAAUUGAACUUAUGAUCAAUUGCUACACCCACCAAUGAUAUGGGAUAGUGUUUGAGAUUGUUUAUUGGUUGCAUUUGAUCCUUACAAAAUAAUGAAAUCUACAAGGUAAAGAAAUGGAUGAGUCUAUUAAAAUGAAA